AUGAAGAUGGGGCGGGCGACGCGAGCGACGACGCGGACGCGGGCGAUCGCGAACGAGGCGCAGACGAGCGAGGAGUUGAACUUUUGGGGGAAGAUGCGACAGGCGUAUCGAAUCUUUUUCCCGCCGAGCGCGGAGGAGAACGCGCGGAACGAGGCGAAGAAGCGCCUGCGAAUGAUUCUCGUCGCCGAUCGGUGCACGAUGAGCGAGAGCUCGAUGGACGAGAUGAAGGCGAAGAUAAUGACCGUGGUCGGGGAAUUCGUGGACGUGGACGAUUCGCAGGAGGUGGACGUGAGCAUGAACACGGAUGAGGAGUUGGGGACGAUGUACGCGGUGUCGAUUCCGGUGAAGCGCGUCAAGGCGGAGUACGACGCGGAGAACGACGCGUACAUGUUGGGGGCGCAGUUCGUGUACGACGACGAGAACGUGUGGGACGACGAAUGA